UUUACGGCCGAGGGAAGGGGGCUGAUCGAGGAGGAAAAUGGAAGAGGGGCAAGGAAAUCCGGGGAGUGCCAGUACCAGUACCAGUUCGAGUGCCAGUACCAGGUGCUGGCAGACAAACAGGCGUACAAUGGCCAACGGAUGGACAAACGCAACCAUUUUGGAAUAAUAAUGCAGCGACAAAAGCAAACUGUGCGCCCAAAGAGGUGAGAACAUAAUGUAAAGACACUGCCGCAGUGGGAGUGGGCGUGCGCCAGAGCGGGACGGCGAGAGUGCACCCAAACCGGUUGAGGCCGCUGGCCAAUCAGAGGCCGCGAGGCGUUACGCAGCGACGUCGACGCCGACUGCGCAGCGGCGAGGCUGGAGAAGAGGAAGCACACGGGGCGACUUACGGCAACUGGUUUCCAUUUGGCCUCAGUUGGAUUUCUGCAGCGCGUACGUGCGGGUGUUCUGUGUCGAGCGAGAGAGAGAGUUCAAGAGAGAAGGAGAACGAGUGAGCUGUCAGCUGAUCCGAGUUACCGUUUUACCGACGCGCAAAUACAAUUCCUAACCGAUUAUUACCGAUACCGAGUGAUCUUUGCAUGUGCCAACACUAAAACACAAGCGAAAGUGAGGUUAUGAGUGCCCCCUAGUGCCAAAUUAGUCUAAGCCAAAACCAAAACAAAACACAAACGAGCUGCAGAUGGAAAGCAACGCAUUUGGCAGCAGCCAUUUGCCGUCCCAAGCGCUCGUUGUCCUCUCGGAAGCCGCUUCCGGUCUGCACGAGGCUCUACGUGGACAACGUCCGUUUCCAUCGAGAGUAAUCCCUUUCGAUUUCCCCCUCUUGCAGCUACCCGACGCCAAAGAUCUGCACAACAUGUCACUAGUCGGCAACUACUUCAAUCCGCACCUGCUGCUCAACCACGGGAUGCUGGUGGCCAAUGGAGCGGCGGCGGCAGCGGCGGCGGCGGGAGCGGGACCGGCCAGCUACUUCGCCAGUGACCGCUCGCCGCUGGGCAAGCCGUCGGUGCUGUCGAACUUCUCGCUGCCGUCGGCCUUCUCGCCGCCCAAGUACAUCGGCAUAUCCCUGGAUCAGAAUCUGUUCAAUGGCAGCGAAUCAUUUCGCACGGACUCGGCCAGCCCCACAUGCACAUCCCAUGAAUCCAUGGAGGGAUCACAGGAUUACGACGCCGUUGAAAAGGGUGAAAGUCCGCGCAGCAAUAAUUCUCAGGAUCCCAGGGAUUUGAGACAUCUGCAUAAUGCGGGGAAGGGCCACCAGGCACUGGCCACCUCCUCGUCGGCGUCCAGCUCCUCGUCCUCCUCCUGCUCCACCAGCAAUCCGGCCAUCAGUACGGCGACCAGCAGCGUUGCCGUUUCGAUGGCCAGCCACCUGGCCGCCUCCUCGCCGCACCACCACCCACACACGCACGCCCACUCGCAUCCGCAUCCGCUGGCCCAUCCGCACGCCCACAGCCACCACCACGUGGGUCACCAUGUGGGAGCACCUCCGGUGUCCACGGCGGUGACGACGCACCACCACAUGGCCCACCCCCAUCCGCUGUCCCACCACCACGCCGCCCACCACGCGGCCUUGGCCAGCUUGAGCAUGGCGGGUCUGCGGGCAGUUCCGGGUGGACUGAGCCUGGUCAGUGGGCUGCAGGCGGCAGCUGCCGGAGGAGCUAUUCCCGAGAUGUGCCCCGUUUGCGGACUGAAGCUGAGCGCCGAGGAGUGGCACACCCACUUCCUCACCGAACUGGACCGGCUCUACAAGCUGAGCGCUGGGUUCGAAAGGGCCAGUCUGCAGGCCACCUACAUGUUCGCUCCUCCGUGUCCCGCGCAGGAGAACGCCAUUCGCACCAGUCACAACCGCUGGGAGACCUUCCAGAGAAUAAGGAACAAUCGCCAGAACCGCCUGAGACUCAAAGUUCGAAAGCGCAAGUACGGCGAAAUGUACAUGAUGGAGAGUCUUUACUGUAGCAGCUGUCCGAUCUGUAAGAGGAAGUACGCCUUGGAGACGGGGAAGAUUCCUCCAGAGGACGACGCCAAGUCGCAGGAGGAGAUCGAAACGGUGGACGUGGAGAGCUGCAACGACGAAGUGCCCGACUCCGGGUCGGAGCUAGCUGCCCCGGGAUCGGGGUCAUCCGCCACGGUUCUGCCGCCUUCCAGUAUGCACAACAGCAACUCGCAGCCGGGCAAGCUGGACGGGAUUCUCUACCGGACGGGCUGUGUGCUCAGCCAGAAGGAUGCGCAUCCCGACGAGCCGGACGUGAGCACCAAUGUGACAACGGCGAGCAGCAGCAGUUGGCCGGGCGAGGUCAACGCACCAACCCAGGCACAUAUCAGUGUGAAAACCGUGAGCGAGCUGUCAUCCACCACUCAUCACUACUACAACGCGGACUCCUGCGGCGUGGGCGUGAACGACACCAACAGCAGCAGCAGCACCCACAACAACGGCGGUGGCAGCAGCAAGGAUCUGAUGAUGGACACCGCCUCGUGCCAGAACGAUAGCGACGAGGACGUGAUUGUGGACGACGACGACACCGUGAAGAUGUCGAGCAAAGUCAGCUAUGCCAAGAUUCAACGUCGCCAGGAGGAGCAGAACGUGGGCAGCAGCAGAUCCCUCGAGAACAUCUCCCCUGUGGAGGAGCGACCGCGGUCCGAGCCGCAGGUGAGCAGCACCGAACCGGGACCCAUGGACAUAUCGCACAGCAGCAACAUAAAUAACAAUAACAACAACAACAACAACAACAACAACAGUAGUAACAACAACAACAAUCCGUCAUCGAAAUACACGGAGAGCAUGGAGAACAGCCUGUCGCAGUUGUCUUCGAUGGGCGUGCCGGGAUUAACGCAAUUGGACACAAAGGUGGGGAUUAGUUCGGAUUUAAAACCGGACGAUGAAAACAAAUGUUUCAUUUGUAAGACAGGCAUAAAGGAUCUCAACACGGAUGCGUUCCUGCGCGGCCGUAACUUUUACUUCCACCAGAGUUGUGCCAACGUCAUGAGCAGCUAUCGGCUGAACAAGGAGCUUCUCAACCAGGCCCAGAAUCAGCAGAGGGCGGCCGCCAACGGAAACGGAACUGGAAGUGGCAGUGGGAACGGAAAUGGGAACGGGAUCGGGAUAGGGAUCGGGAUGGGGGAUUCGGCCGGCGCCACGGCAACGCCCCGCAGCCUUUCACCUGCCCAAUCGCCGCAGCAGAGUGUUUCCCAGGCCAUGGAGUGAGCGGGGGAGGAUCGGGGCAAUCAGAGGUAUCGGAGGGGUCGAGUUGAUAGUAGCAAUCAAAGCGUGAAUUUAUUAAAUUAAUUAACAACAUAUUGUAUUCGAGGUAGCUAAUGAAACGCGACGAGCAAGCCGAAGUGGUUAAUGGGACAUCCCCAAAGUAGGCAACACUUGCUCGCUUCUGCUGCCCCGCCCCCAAAAACAAAAAAGAGUAUGGAAUCCAAAUGUUUUUGCCCUGUAUAAAUUCUACAUGUAAAAUUCAUUUGCUUUCGUUUUCAUUUUAAAUGGAAUUGGUUCUGUGUAAAAGAAUAUUUUAGUGCAAUUUUUGGGUUGCCUUCUCAACGGUCGUAUUAUUAAAUUAAAUAUAUGUAAUAUCAGUAUGUAUGUAUUCGUAGUUUCCCUGAACGUGCUAUAAUUGUUAAAUGUUUCAUUGAUAACGAAUCAAACAAUAUACGAUAAAUGAGAAUAAAUUAUCAUCUCUAAGCAAACUAGUUGUAAAUUCUUAA